GCAGCCGAUGUUUCUGUAUUCAAGGUAAUAGUGAUUCUGAUAUUCUUGCAGCCUUCUCUUUUUCUUUUCUUUUAGUCUGCAAGGGUAAUAGAAUAUUGUACUGUUUUUGGAUCACAGAAUUUUGAUGAUGUUGUUGGAGAACCCGAUUCAAAAAACAACAUAUGAAGCUGCUAUUUUUGCUUCUGACUCGUGGAGAAAGACGAAAAGUGGGAAUGGAAUUGAUCCAAAUGUCAAAAAGUUGCAAGAAGUCAGUGAACCCACUGCGCAUAAUCAAGACAUUGAGGAGGGAGAAGAGGAAAGUGAUUCAGAUAGCCGACAACAAAUGGUGGAUGGUAUUUUUUCCUCCGGCCCUAAGGAAUCAUAUGAGCUCCCUUCUCCAGUAGAGCUCAUUCAACUUGCUUUUGCUGGGGAUGAUGUAGCAGAAGAAUUUGAAAAGGAUAAACAGGAGAUCUUGAAUGAGGGAAACCCCGAACCAGAUAAACCUGUUUUGCUCCCUGGUUGGGGCCAAUGGACUGAUGUACAGGAAAAAAAAAAAGAUUUGCCUUCAUGGAUGCUUAAAGAACAUGAAGAUGCUAAGCGGAAGAGGGAAGAAAUACUUAAAAGAAGGAUGCACAUCUUAAUCAUGUCAUUAUCUCCGAAAAGGUGGAUAAAAAGGCUGAGAAGUUGCAAACAAAAACUUUGCCCUACCCCUUCACAUCCAAGGAACUUUUUGAACAAAGUACGCGCAUGCCAGUUGGAUCUGAAUGAAACCCAGAGACUGCAGUUAGAAGUCUGAAUAGUCCUGAAGUGGUGAAGAAACCUGGGGUAAUUAUAAAACCGAUCAAGUUCGAGGAGGUGCAUCGUCACGAGAAUUCCGAGGAUAACAAGCGGAGAGGGCAAAGACAGAAGAAAAAUAGUAGCAAAGGUGCUACUGGC